GUAGGACGACUAAAGGAGGCUAACUUAUCAACGGAGAACGGCGAAAAAUAUAUGGACUCUAAUGGACAGGGUAAUAAUGGAGGUAAUCAAGGGCCUGGAGGCCAAGGAUGGAAUGGGGGACAGCAAGGAUGGAACGGGGGACGAGGAGGAGGUGGUGGAAAUUGGGGACCGCCACAGUCGGGGUGGGGGAAUAAUGGAGGAGGCGGGAACCCUGGAGGGGGAGGGGGAUGGAAUAAUGGACCGCCGGGACAUUGGAACAAUGGAGGUUGGAACAAUGGAGGAUGGAAUAAUGGGGGUUGGAACGGAGGAGGGGGAAGACCGAGGAAUCAAGUUCGAAGCUACAACUGCAAUCAGUUCGGGCACUACUCAAGGGAGUGCCCGAUGCCUCGGCAAGGGAAUGGGUACCCCCCGGGGGGGACCUUCCAAGGUGGAAAUUUCCAAGGCAGGAAUUACACUCAAGGAGGAGGAGGAGGAGGAGGAGGAGGAGGAGGUGGAGGGGGAGGAAAUGGAACUGUUGGAGGAGGUAAUGGCCAAAACACGACUCAAACAAUGGGGCCAGGUUCAGCGCCGGUGGUGACGUUAAGUAAAGAGUUGGAAGAGUCGAUCGGGGCUAUGGCAUCGUUUUUUAAGUUAUCUAUUGAAGAGAAGGCGAAGGAGGAAGCAGCGAAGAAGGAGGAGGAAGAACGGAAGAAACGAGAAGUUCGGGAAAAAAUUGAGAAAGAAGAAGCGAAGCGAGUAGAAUUAGCAAAGAAGCAAGAGGAGGAGAAGAAAGAAGCGGAUCGACUGUGGGGCAUUAGGAAGUUGUUCGGGGAACAGAGACUGUUCCUGAAACAGGAAGUCAAAAAAGCGGUCAACGAGGAAAUACAUGACAUGGUGAAAGGGAAAAAGGUCGUAGAGGACGCUGAGUAGGAAUGGGAACAAUGGCCUAAUGAAGAGGAAGAGGUAGA